AUGGCGGGUUACCGCUAUUACAGUCGUCGUCUCAAGAGCCUCACCGCGACUCCAAGCUUUCAAGUAAUCGCCAUAUGCCUCGGCCUCUUUCUGGGAAUACGAUGGAUUCUACGCCACAACCACGAUGAAGACCAAGCGCCUCCCCAUGCUGUAAGACCGAUGCGGUCGGUCGAGGACGACAGAAUUGACUGGUCGAAGCUGUAUUACGUUCAAUAUGUCACGUCUCCAGAGUAUUUGUGCAAUGCGCUGAUGGUGUGGAGUGAAAUCGAGGAGAUAGGAAGUCGGGCCCAGCGCGUAAUGAUGUACCCUUCCUCCUGGGACCCCAAUGAAGUCGACGAAAUCGAUCUGCAGCUAACCCCUGUCGCACGUUUACUACAAGCAGCUGUCAGCGACUACUUUGUCAAGCUGCAGCCCAUUGAGGUGCUACAUCAAAAUGGAACUACGGAGAAGACAUGGGCGGAUUCAUAUACAAAGCUACUAGCUUUCAACCUCACCGAUUUCGACCGCGUACUAGCCAUUGACUCAGAUUCUGUAGUGCUGCAGAAUCUAGAUGAGCUGUUCCUUCUCCCAGAAGGGCCACUCGCGAUGCCGUUUGUAUAUUGGGGAGAACCGCAAGGUUGGCAGUUCUCAAGUCAAAUGAUGCUCAUUACUCCAUCCGCCGACGCCUUCUCCAAAAUCGAGGCUGCGAUUCAAGAGGCGAAGAAGGACGAGUACGAUAUGGAUAUUAUCAACAAAUUAUACAAGGGGAAGGUUUUGCAAAUUGCCCAGAGGCCGUACAAGUAAGUCACUUUCUCGGAAGAAUUCUCCUACUUCGAACAUCUCGGGAGCGGAAUCUACUACCCUUGAGAUAUUGUCUCAACUCCCGUAGCACAUUAUUCCAACCCCCGGUCUACAUAAUUGGCAAUACUGACUGAGAGAUCUUGACUUGCAGUUUACUCUCGGGAGAAUUCAGAAGAAGAAAUCACGUUGCCUAUCUUGGAUCAAGAUCGCAGAAAUGGGAUCCUGAUUCUAUGA